GUGAGAUCAUCAUUCAGCUCUCCGCUUCAGAGUUGCAACUAUCAAGUGCUCUCCUCAUUUUGAUUCUUGAUUUACUUUUUGAACAACAUGUAUUUACCUGCUUUGGUUUACUUUGCCGCCUUGUGGGCCAUCCGACCGGUGUCCGGCUCCUACGGCUACAUGCAACCGCAGCAGCCGCAGAACUAUUACACAACAGCUAAACCGUAUUACGCCCCACCUUCAGUAUACUACACCACGGCCAAACCUUACUACACCACCCCGGCAGCUUACUACACCACUCCAGCACCUUACUACACCACUCCGGCACCUUACUACACCACGGCCAAACCAUACUACACCACUGCGGCGCCUUAUUACACCACAACGAAAGCUUACUACACUACUCCGGCGGCUUACUACACCACUGCGGCACCUUACUACACUACCCCGAAACCUUACUACUCCGAAGCCCCUGUUUACACCACCAGCAAGCCUUACGUGCAGCCUAGUUACACCACCCAGCCGACCUAUUACCAGCAGCCGAGCUACACCACAGGCUACACCACUCCGUCGUACUACCCCGAGAACUACGAGGGAGAUGACAAUGGAUGGUACAACUACGCGUUCAAGUUCAACGUCAACGAUUACUAUGGCAACGAGCAAUCCCGCAGCGAGACCCACGAGAACCAACAGACUCGCGGAAAGUACACCGUCAACUUGCCGGACGGACGCAAACAGAUCGUCACCUACGAGGCCGACCACAACGGCUACCGGGCUGAUGUCUCCUACGAGCCGGCCGAGAACUCUUACAGCGACAAUUCCAAUUAUUACAGCACGUCCAAAUACGAGAGCGACAGCUAUCAGCAGCAGACAGCCCCGGCUCAAAAAUCCAUUUGGAAAUGAAUAUUUAAUGGACGUGCAAUUUAGAAUGUUUGAGAAUUGUGUAUGAAUGUAAUUUUAAUCGAAUAAAAAUGACGCUGUAUA